AUGUUUGUAGGUGGCGGCGACAUCGACGGCGUAGGAGGAGGCGGAAGCAGCGGUGGCUAUGGAGAGAAGGAAGGGAGAGGCUAUGACUUACUGUUAGGAUCAAUUGCUGCGUUUUACGUGCUUAUGGCGCCGUACACCAAGGUCGAAGAGAGCUUCAACAUUCAGGCGAUGCAUGACAUUCUUUUCCAUCGCCACCACUUGGAUAACUAUGAUCACUUGGAGUUCCCUGGAGUUGUUCCUCGUACCUUCAUCGGUAGCCUUUCUGUUUGAAGGCUUUCCACUACGAACAGUAGCAGGCGCUAUUCGUUAUCGAUCCCUGAUUAUGCUUUUUCCCCACUCAUUUAGGAGCAUUUCUGAUUUCAACUUUAGCAUCUCCCUUAGUAUUUGCCAUGCGCUUGCUGCAGUUUCCAAAACUAUAUGCACUCAUAGCAGUUCGCUUGGCAUUGGGUUCUGUCACUCUUGGAACUUUCAGGUUCUUCCGUAUUCAGGUUAGGCAGAAGUUUGGUCAUCAAGUGGAGGGAUUUUUGGUGGUAGUAACUGCAUUUCAGUUUCACUUGCUGUUCUAUUCCACCCGUGGUCUUCCCAAUAUAUUGGCUUUGGGUGGAGUCAACUUGGCUUAUGGGUACUGGCUCAAGCAGAAAUAUUAUGUCUCCCUGAAUUGUCUGGUAUUGUUCUCUAUAUGUUAUUUUAGUGGUGCCUCUCUGCAACCAUAGUUGUCAUGGUGCAGACAAUUGCAUAAUGUUCCUCUAUCGUUACUGAAUCUUGACAGCCAUAAUUUGGUAUAUUCUUGGCAUAGAUCAUUCUGUUAGCACUUAUAAGGAUAAGUUGUAACUGGUUAAACUAGGUCGUACUUUAUCUUUGUACAUUUCUGAUUCCUCUCACAGCUUUUUUAUUUUUAUUUUGUGGAUUCACCAGAUCUUCGUUGCUAUAGUCUUCAGAUGUGACAUGCUAUUGCUUAUUGGCCCUCUUGGCUUGCAGCUUUUGUUGACCAGAUCUGUUUCAGUUUUUGGCUGGGAUUAAAUACUGCCUCGGCUUUGCGCUACUAUCGAUUGGUCUUACCAUGUCCAUUGACUCCAUUAUGUGGAAAAGACUAUUGUGGCCAGAAUUUGAAGUAUUCUGGUUCAACUCUGUUCUUAACCGAAGCUCUGAAUGGGGUACACAUUCCUUCCAUUGGUACUUCACUUCAGCUCUCCCACGUUCUCUACUUGCUGCAUAUCCUCUUUUCAUGCUUGGUGUUGUCCUAGAUCGAAGAGUUCGGUACUUUGUUCUUCCGGUUGUCUUGUUCAUUUUGCUUUACUCUAAGCUUCCACACAAGGAACUGCGAUUUAUAAUUAGUUCUGUUCCAAUGUUCAAUCUCUCUGCUGCUGUUGCAGCAAGCAGAAUCUAUAACAAUAGGAAGAAGACAUUAUGGAAGUUGUAUAAUUUUAUCUUGUUGGGACUACUCUUGAUCAGUGUAGGGUGCACUGCAGUGUCUUUCAUGGCAUCUUAUGAAAAUUAUCCCAGUGGUCAUGCAUUAAAAGAGUUGCACCAGAAUGUUGGCGAUGUUUCUGAUAAUAGGCCAAAUAUUGGUUCAUAUCGAUACCUUUUCAGCCAUGAAUGGAAUAUCACGCUUUUGUGAAAAUGGUUCACCCAUGGAGGUACUCUAAAGAAGAGAGCAUUCCUCUUAAAGAAUACAAGCAGAGAAAUUUUACAUAUCUUGUAAGUGAGCAUUCAAGUGUUGAUGGAUAUGAGUGUUUAUUUUCUGUGAAUGGCUUCUCGAGGAUUCUUCUUCAACAUGGCUUCCCUCCUGUUGCCCUGGUGAAAAAGCCAAAGGUCUACGUUCAUGGGGAUGGAAAAGUCAUGGAUAUAAAAUGGCGGGGCUGCUCUUGAGUGUUCAAGAAAGAUGGAGUGUCAAGUCCUUUCUGUAAUGCCCUGGUGGAGGAUUGGAUCUUUCCGACGAUUAAGAACAGAGAAAUAGACGGGACUGAGGAAGAAGUGAGGUGAACUUGAGAAGAAGAAUUAGAGAAUCAGAAAAUAGAGGAAGAAUAGAAAACGAUUGAGAAGAGAACAGAACUAGCAGAGGAAGAAGGAGACACAGAGGAGAGGAUAAUUGGAAAAAUGUACUCUUCUUGGUUGUUCCUUUAUGUUACAGCAGGUCCCUUUUUAUAAAGCUUCGUCAAUUACAAAAUAAUCCCGGAUGAAUACCCAAUUUACAUAUAAGUCCCGAUCAUUACAACUCCCAAC